UUCACACUCCUCUCUGAAAGACGGUUCACUCUUAUCUCCUUCAAUAUGUCAUUCUCCGUCGAAGGAAGAUCUGCUAUCGUAACUGGGGCGGGCUCGGGAAUUAACUUUGCCUUCGCCAAACUACUAUUGGAGCAUGGAUGUAAUGUACUCAUUGCUGAUCUAGCGCUUCGUCCGGAGGCGCAGGAACUGGUGGAUAAGUAUUCGAAAUCGUCCAGUAGUCCCCGGGCCAUCUUUCAGAGGACCGACGUGACCGACUGGAAACAGCUUGAGCUGAUGUUUGAGGUCGCUGAGAAGGAGUUUGGGGAAAUCGAUGUAGUGUGUCCGGGAGCUGGGGUCUACGAACCGCAUUGGAGCAACUUUUGGCGCCCACCCGGUACUCCUGAAAGUCGGGACCCGCAACAUGGCAAUCGAUACGCCCUGCUAGAUAUCAACUUGACACAUCCGAUUCGCACUACGCAACUUGCUCUGGCCCAUUUCGUUCGCCGUCGGACGAGCGGACGUCCGAAACACAUUGUUCAUAUCUCCAGCAUUGCAGGUCAGAAUCCAGCUUUGGCGGCUCCGAUUUAUGUCGCUACCAAACACGGUAUCAACGGCCUUGUACGGUCGUUGGGCAAGCUUGACAGCAAAUUUGGAAUUCGCGUGACAGCCGUUGCCCCUGGCGUGAUAAAGACCCCACUGUGGACCGACCAUCCGGAGAAGCUAAAGAUCGUUGAUACUGCCAGUGAUGAAUGGGUGACCCCCGAGGAGGUAGCUCAAGUCAUGCUAGCUCUCAUUCAACAGGACCAGGUCAGUGAAAUUAUCGGUGAUAGAACCGGUCAAGGACCACAGUUUCCGGUACGUGGGGGAACUGUGCUGGAAGUGUCCAAGACGGUGCGCUCUGUGAGUGCGAUUAAUGAUCCAGGUCCUGGGACCAGAGCCGGUAAUACAGUGUCGGACAUGAGCGUAUUAGAAGACGAAGUCUUUGGGUUAUUAUCGCAGAAAGGAUGGGGAACUCCGAAAUUGUGA